AUGCAAAUGACUCCAGUGGCGCCGGAACAAGCAAAUGCAGCCAAGUCGUCGGGAUGUCAAUGGGGCAUCACGUCGUACCUCUGGAACCUUCGGCUUGGCCACAUAGGUCAUGAUGGACUCAAUUGCAUCGUGACGAAGAACAUCGGAAUUGGCAUCGACAUAUCUUCGGUGAAGAAGUGGGACGUGUGUGAAUGUUGUGCUCUAGGAAAACAGACUCGAUUGUGCUUCCAAUCGAACACUACAGCUCGCACCUCCAAACUGUUCGAAGUGAUUCACAGCGACGUAUGUGGACCGAUGUCGAUGGCAACUUUCAGUGGAAAGCGGUACUUCGUGACAUUUAUCGACGACAAGUCAAGAUACUGUGUCGUGUAUCUGCUCAAGAGCAAAUCUGAAGUUGCGGCGAAGUUCAUGGAAUACGCUGCGAUGGCCGAAACGCAAACCGGAAAGCGCGUGAAGUACUUUCAAAGCGACAAUGGGGGAGAGUACAAGUCUGACAAGUUGGUACGAUUCUGCGCGGAACGGGAGAUACAACAAAGGCUCGCACCCUUAGAUACUCCUCAGCUCAACGGAGUAGCUGAGGGAAUGAAUCGCACGCUGGUUGUGUGUGCGCGCUGUAUGAUGAAACAUGCUGGACUGGGAAAGAGCUACUGGGACAAGUCUCCAUAUCAAGUGUGGACGAUGAAGAAACCGAUUCUGGCCAACCUUAAAGUGUUUACAUGCCACGCGUACGUUCAAGUGCCCCAAGACAAACGUGCAAAGCUCGACUCCAAGUCAUCACUCUGUCGUUUCCUGGGGUACGCCGAACACCAGAAGUCAUAUCGAUUCGAGAAAGUGUCAGCAGGAGCGAUCAAGAUCAGUCGCGAUGCCACGUUCACGGAAGACAAGUUUGAUGAAGGUCCGCGCAACUACAACGAUGAGUCAAGUGCCGUUGAGUUUGACGAUCAAGACGACGACGAAGAAAAAGAAGAACGUAAAACUGACGUCGACAUGAAAUCGAGCAAAGAUGACGACGAAGACACCAGGUCUUCGAAGAGCAACAUCAAGAGACACACGCGCACUCAAUCACUUGAGAAAGCUACCGUCAUUCCAAGUCAUAAGCGAAGAACGUACAGAGGUCCGUCGCUCGAGCAUGUGUCAGCGGCUGCGAUGGAUUUUGAAGCAGCCUGCAUCGCUAAUAUAAGAAACGACACGUGGGAGAUCGUGCCUCUUCCGAAAUGUCGCAAGGCCAUCGGGUGCCGAUGGGUGUUUCGUGUCAAGGAGAAUCGAGAUGGCGAAGUUGAACAGUUCAAAGCAAGACUUGUGGCCAAAGGAUUCUCCUAG